GGAAGAAAGCUGCCCCAGAGUGUUUGUCAGGGUGGGAUCGUUGUGGGAAGUGGGCACGCACAAAGAUGUGAGGCAAUCACCCCCGGACAGGUGUGAAGACCGCACCAGCCAGAACAACAAAGCAGUGCAAAGGACAAGACAGCGACGGUGACGCAAGAACACGCGUCGCAAGCGCCACACACGAGGGAGCAGAGGAAGACGCGCACCGGGACACAGCUCCAAGUGUCUACUCGACACCGAAUUAUGUUGCGAAUAGAUUUUUCCACGACGAUCCUGGCUCUCGUAGCCCUGUGCUCCAACGCGUCGCCGGCCUCGCCGUGCCCCAAGGGCUGCACGUGCCCAUCCCCGGGGACCCUCGCCUGCAGCGGGCACGUCAACUCGAGCGCACUGCCGCCGGGUACCCAAGCCCUGCUCUUGCUGGGCCACCUCCCUGCCCCGCUGGUGCUCGAAGCCCUCCGCCUGCGCUCGCUGCAAGCCCUGGACGUGUCCCACACCGGCAUCUCCAUCCUCCCACCGGACGCUUUCUCCGGCUGCCCGGCGUUGCUCUCGCUCAACCUGAGCCACAACGCGCUGCGCGGCGUGCGGGAGCACGCGUUACACCGCCUGCCCUCCCUCCGCCUCCUCGACCUGUCCCACAACAGAAUCCGUGGGUCCGGCCUCUUCGAUCUUCUGCAGCGCCUGAGCUCCCUCUCGACGCUGAACGUGAGUCACAACGCCCUCCGCCAGCUGGACGGGUUCCGCGCCGGGCGGGCGAACCCCCCACAGCCGCUUCCGCACCUGCGUCACCUGGACGUGUCCUACAAUCGCAUCGUGGAGAUGUCACCUGUCACGCUCUCGGCGUUUCCGGGCCUGGUGACGCUGCGGGCAUCGCACAACCGCCUGGAGGAGCUGAGCGAAGAGCUGUUCCAACGCUCGCGGGAGCUGCGCUUUCUCGACCUCGCCUGGAAUCAGCUCUCCCGGCUGCCCGAGGGUUUGUUCGGAGGCACCACUGCCCUCGAGAAGCUGGACCUGCGCGCUAAUCGUCUGGCGAGCAUCCCCAGCGGAUUGCUGGGACCGCUGGGCCGUCUGGCGUGGCUGCAGCUCGAGUACAACCCCUGGGAGUGCGACUGUUCCCUGUGGGGGCUGAGGCUGUGGCUGGAAUGGCUCACGUUUCGAGGCGGGGAGGUGGACAGGUUGUCGUGCUCUGCACCGAGGGAGCUCAGGAACAGGCCACUCCAGCAACUGUCCUCCGAUAUGUUCUCUUGGUGCCAAUCAUCUGUGCGCGAAACCCACAGCAACAAAUCCGACGGGUCACAGAGGCUCUCCGAGUCUUUGCUUUUCGAGGCAGAGGGGAGGCAGGACGAUCAGCGUGAAGGACACCCUUUCAUGUCCUCUGAACACAAACCCCCACCACCUUCAGCAGAAGAGACCGUACCGUCCUCGGCACAACGCUCACCGCCGCCACCUUCAGAGGAGCAACAUUCGCCCUUCUCGGCAAAGGAGCCACCACCUCUGUUCUUGCCGGCGCAGAUGCCCCAGUCUUUGUCCGCCAAAGAACCCUUGGCAUUAUCGGUGCAGGAGUUGCUGCCUCCGGCGCAGCGCCGGGCUCCGGCUCAUCUGUCUGCGGGGGGCCCCAUGGCACUCGCCGUGGAACAGCCCGGCACGCUGUCCCCGCGUUCGGUGCAGCGCGGCAUCAACGACGCGUGCAUGUUUCACCACCGCGUACGCGCACGCCAGCCCAGCGUGCGCUACGCCCUAACCACUGUGGUGGUGGCGGGAGUGGUGUGCGGGCUCCUCUGCGUCAUGAUGGCUGCGGCGGCGGGCUACGGCUGUGUGUACGCGGCCAUGGCAGCGCACCGCGCCGUCGAGAGCCGCCGGUUGGGUGGCGACGGUGGGACGGAGGCCGACGGCACCAUUCCGCUAGCGGCCACCGAAGGAACGGCUGACAGCAGCGAUGGGGGUGACGUUGGCGCGGCCGGUGGGAAAGAACCGCUCGUGUCUUGUCCUGGAAACGGUGCCAAACUCAAGCCAGACAGCCGCGUUUGAACGACCCGCACCGGCAAGAGCGAUGUUCCACACCGUCCGGUCUUAUCGCUCGCGCGUAUUGUAUCCUCAUCCAAGACGUAGCGCCGCGUCAAAAACACGUGGGUUGCAGAGGCUGGCGUGGAUUAAGCACUGGAAGCUCUGGUCAUAAAAUAAUUGCGGGGUCAUCAUCGUCGGUUAUCGCGAUCUACCGCUGGGUGAAGGUCUCCCCGUGUCGCCGCCGUCCCUCAGUUUUGGGAUGCCACAAUCUAUGUGACUCCUGCACAUGGCCAUCUUAAAAGAAUUAUCAUUCUAAACAAUCGUUAAACUUUGAUUUCAAGCUUUCGUGACUGCAGGGAUUCAUAUUCUUGAGUUAUUUCGGUAAAGUCACGUAGAAAGGAAA